CACACAAGAGAUGAGCUGCUUACAACUAAAGUUGCCGCUCUAAAGUAAAAAAUAUACAAAAAGUGUUAAUCCACAAAGGUCACCCUCAUCCCACAUCGAUCAAACCCUCGAUCUCUUCGAUCUCAAUCCCCUAUAUAUUUGUAUUGGUGUUAAUUAAGCCGGCCUUGGUUGGGAGGAAAAAGAAAUGGCCGGAAGUUCAAGGAUUUUUAUGCUUUUGCUAGCGAUGGUUGUUUUAACCAUGUGGCCGGAGGUGAGAAUGGGCAGUGCAGCACUAAGCGCUGCGCAGUGCAUAGAGGAGAGGAGGCUUGGGGUUAAUGCAUGCAAGCCAGUGAUCUUUGGGAAGCUUCCGACGCCGGCGUGCUGUGAGCGUGUAAGGGUUAGCCAUAUCGAGUGCGUGUGCCCUGAUGUUACACCAAAGGUGAUUGCCCUUAUUGACCUCAACCGCGCCAUACGCCUCAUUGAAGGUUGUGGUAGGAGGGUCCCUCGCCACUUCAAAUGUGGGAGUAUCACUACUCCAUAAAUUAAAGUUGGCCAACGUGGUUGGAGGGAGGCUGGGCAAUUACCCUUGGAUUAACAAAUAAGAAUGGUUAUGAAUAAUGAGUUGUUGAGUAAUUGGUUCGCAGCCUCAUGAUGAUUAUCCAUUAAUGUACUCUUUCUGUUCUACUUGGAAAUUAACAUGUUUGAGCUACUCGAUCUCUUUGAUCGGA